AUGGAUGAUGUCGCGGGUCAGGACGACGCCGAAGCAGGAGGUAAAAGCGGAUCCGGAACAGGAAAAGCUGGAGAGCUUCGGCGCGGCCUUCCAGUAUCUUUGUUGAUGGACUGGCCCCACGACAGUUGGCUGCAGUAUAUUUUCAUCGACCGGUCACCGAAGCCAACGACAAGCGGCCAGCUUUUGCACAACGUCAGUACGCUAGCUGCAGCUCGGCUGGACUUACAGCACUACAACCAAG